UUCCUGUUCCGGCGGCGGCGAUGGUGGAGCAGGGAGGCGGCGGCGGCGCCAUGAGUUUCCUCAAGCGGUUCCCGCCGCCGGCCGAUGGCGUUCGGCACCAGCAGCCGGACACGGAGGCGCUGCUGGCGGGGCGCAGCCUGGGCGCCGGCACCCUCUACAUCGCCGAGAGUCGCCUGUCUUGGUUGGAAAACUCUGGAGUUGGCUUCUCCUUGGAUUAUCCCACCAUAAGUUUACAUGCCGUCUCCAGGGACCUGAGCGCCUUCCCAAGGGAGCACUUGUAUGUCAUGGUGAACGCCAAAUUUGAAGAGGAGACAAAAGAGGCUCCCAUGGCUGAAGGGGAGGAGGAGGAGGACGACAGUGAUGACGAUGUUGAACCGAUUGCAGAAUUCAGAUUUGUACCUAACGACAAAUCAGCCUUGGAAGCCAUGUUUUCAGCCAUGUGUGAAUGCCAAGCUCUGCACCCAGACCCGGACGAUGACGAUUCAGACAAUGAUUACGAAGGGGACGAGUACGAUGUUGAGGCCCGUGAGCUAGAACAAGGUGACAUCCCAAGCUUUUACACGUACGAAGAAGGAUUGUCGCAUUUAACUGCAGAAGGUCAGGCCACGCUGGAGAGGUUAGAAGGCAUGUUAGCCCAGUCUGUCAGCACUCAGUACAACAUGGCUGGAGUGAGAACAGAGGACUCGAUAAGGGAGUUUGAAGAUGGGAUGGAGGUGGAUGUAGCACCAGUAGUUGCCGGGCAGUUUGAAGACGCAGAAGUCGAUCACUGAGGAGGACCUAUGUGCUAUUCCUCUUGUGGCAAUUCCAGAAUAAGCUGUAAAACCGAAGGCAUUGCAGUGACUAUCGGGAGUUAACCUUUUUUUUCUUAAUGACCUAAGCUUAGACAUCUAGGUCAAUAAAUGCUUGUAGAGUUGUUUAAAACAGGGUUUGGCAUUUGUGACCACUAUGGGGUUAUUUAAAAAAACAAAACAAACAAAAACAAUAAAACCUCUUGCAUCUAACACUUGAAUGGGGCUAAUCGGGGUCAUUUCAUAGUAUCACAGAAUGAUUUGGGUUGGAACAUCCCAGUUAAAGAUCAUCUCGUUCCAACCCCCGCUGCCGUGGGCAGGGAUGCCAUUCAGUAGAUCAGGUUGCUCAGGACUCCAUCCCAGCCCAGCUGUGCAGCACUUCCAGGGAUGGAUUCACUCUCUGAGCAACCUCUCUGGCCUUUUAAAGAAGACUUUGUAGGAAUUCUAGGACUUCAGAAAUAAAACUGUAAGUAGAACGGAAUUUUAGAUUGUCCUGGAAUUUUCCAUAUUUUUUUACCUGUUCACUGACUCAGUGGUGUGACAACUAAAAGGAAAUAGGGUUGGCCAAGGAUUAAAAGCAAAGCUAAAUUAAAAGCCCCUCAAGUAACUGGCUUUAUCAUUUCAAGUGCUAUCCCUUUCAUUUCUCUGAGAGCAGAGUUUGGGCAUAGAGGAGAUGGAGUAAAGUCUGUAAUGUCUGGAGAAAGAGAACUGUUUUGUGUCUUUGUAUUAAAUGUUAACAUUGGUAAAUAAACUAAGAUUUUUGUAUCUCACAA